CAGACACCUACACAGUUUUCGUCGACCUCACGCUCCCCGAGCCCAUCAGCGUGAGUGACGUCAACCGAGCCUUGGCCGUGACGUCACAGCCUUUCCCUGUGCCAGGACUGCUGGAGGUCACGUUUGUCGCCCCGCCCCCGACCACGCCCCCGACCACGCCCCUCAUGGAGAGCACGUACUUUGACCUCGUGAUGACCGUGAGCUCCGGCCUGCCCUGGGAUGACCUCUACCUCAACGCAAGCUCCGCCCCCUUUAUGGCGCUACAGCACGAGCUGCAGGAGAAGUUCCGAGAGUCGUUUCCCGGGUUUGGUGAUGUACAGACGAGACUGGAUGAUGUGCGGAACCGAGGUGGAGCUGGAAGUCAGCACCACCGUGCCUACGACUACCCCAUCAACACUAACACCACCAUCAUCAUCGACCACAACGACCUUGGGGACGACAGGGAUGACGUCACCGGAGACUACAGGCAUUCCACCGAGGGUGCUCCGUGUGUCUUUCAAAAUCACCGAGGGCUUUGUGUGGACUGAGGAACUGAGGGAUUCGAACUCGCAACCCUACAGAGACCUUCUGGACUGGGUGAACCAGAUGCUGACGAACCUUUUCCGAGCCGGCAAUAUCAUCCCAGUGACGGCUCUAGAAGCUAGAAAUCACCACCACUGUCCCGCCAACGACCACCACAGCAACCACCACCGUGCCUCCAACAACAACACCAACAACAACACCACCAUUGUCAACAACCGCCGCGACAUCAGCAACCACCACCGAAUUUCUCGACAUGAACAUAACCACCGCAGACAACAGCAAUAUCUCCACGGUGGUCGCAACUACACCAUCACCAUCAUCACCACCACCAGCAACGACAACAGCAAUGAUGCAGGCUGAAGUAGCGGUCAGUAUGAAAGUGGACAAGAACUGGACAGAGGCCCUCACCGACCGGUCGUCUGCCGAAUACCUGACCUUUGACCGGAACCUGGGAGACUGGCAGCCCCGGGAGCGUCAAUGUGGACAUGACCUUGACCUUCGAUGACCCCGCAGUCAGCACCGAUGACGUAGCAGUGUCCUUGACCGGCGCCUCUGAUCAGUUCGCGGAGGGUCCAGUUCAGGAUGUCAUCGCCACCACAGAAGUGACCAACGCCACCACCACUGCAACAACUACUACAGCGACAACGACAACAGCUUUUACGAAAGCUGUAGAAAUCGACGUCCAUAUCUUGAGCGGUCUCAACUACACUCUUGACUACGAGAACCCAAACUCUGAGAUGUAUCAGUUGGUAGAGUCGUCGAUCACGGAUUGGAUCCCAACGCAGUCGCGACCGCCACCCCUACCCCACUCGCCACCACCCCUGUCAUCACCAGCAGCAGCAGCAACACCACCACACCAGCGACAACAUCCACAGUAACCCCAACAGCAGCAACAACAAUUUCCCCUCCUGGAAGUACUCCGAUCACCAUCGACAACAACACCACCAGCCCCGAAAGUGACGUCACGGAUGCGUUCAACGUCACCACCAGCCCCGGAAGUGACGUCACGGAUGCGUUCAACGUCACCACCAGCCCCGGAAGUGACGUCACGGAUGCGUUCAACGUCACCACCAGCCCCGGAACUGACGUCACGGAUGCGUUCAACGUCACCAGCACCCCCGGAAGUGACGGGACACGCCCCUCGACCACUUCCGGCCCUCCCCUCUCCACUGUGGUCACAGCUGACAACACGACCGAAGCCGAGAAUGCCACAACAGCGCCAACGCCAGCAGAAUCUACACCACCACCAACAACUACAGCAGCAAUGACGACAGCAACAACAAUGGUGUCGGAGAACUCUACGGACAACGCUACUGCAGCAACAGCAGCAACAACAACACCAACAGCUGAGGGAUCGACAUCAGCAACAGCAUCAGAUCUCAACACGACUAUGGUGACCGACGUCGCGCCGACGACGCCAGAAAAUACUACGUCCGACGCGACAGCUGCGACAACAACCGAUUUCGACAACUACAACGCCACCACCAUCACCACCACCGCUGCAACAACAACGUCGGCGCCAGAGAAUACAACAACGGUAGAGGUUGCAAACACCACCGACAGCAGCAGCAGCAGCAAUACCACUGUGGUGGCUACGACGCCAUCAUCAUCACCGACGUCAGCAACAACAGCAGAGGCGGAUUUGAAGACGUUGUUGGUGCAGCUGAGGAUAGACAGAGAGUGGGAGGAGGAAUAUGGUGACACAGAGUCUCAACAGUAUAAAGAUUUACAGAAAGCUGUGAUUCCUUGG